AUGUUGUAAUAAUACGAUUCUUUGGUUGUAGAUGCCAGUUUCAUUCAUAAAAACUACACUUAAAUGAGUGUGAUUGGAAAAGGACGUGAUUUCUAUUUAGGGAUCACUUCUAUCAGCUAUUUAAUGCAGCAUUAGAAAGAAUAAGGCAGAUACAUUUUAUAAGUUUAUGAAAACUUAGGUCAUGAUCUUUUUAGAACUAAGGUACUCCAAUUAUAGAGAGUAAUGCUUUAAUGUGUUAAUGAUGUUAAUACUAGGAUAAUCUUGAUUGCAGAAAAAUAGUUAAAUGAUAAAUAAUCUGAUUUAUAUGUACUUUAUCAAUUGGAUGAACUGAGUGAGAGAUUAGAUUAAUACAAAUAAUUGAACUCUGAAGAAGCGACUAACCUUUUGAUUACAUUUUGUAAAAAUCUUUUAAUUACAGGUUCAUUUUUGAUUUAUCCAUAGGGCGUGUAACUUAUGAAUAUUUAGAUCUAGCUCCAUAGAAUAUCUAUGUCAAAGAUAGUAAUUUUGUUAUAUCAAAUAUGGGAAUAUCAUAUAAAGGAUCUAAAUUUCAUAGGCCAUAUACUCCCAUCACUGAUAGUUUUAAUAAAGAGAAAACUGCAUUAAAUAUGAUAUACACAUAUUCAUUUUAAGCUGGAUUGGUUGUUUUGUGUGCUAUUACAAAAAUAAAUUCAGCAGAGUUCUUUUUUGAAGAUGGAUAAUUGAAGUCCAAAUUAUUAUAAGAGGUUUUAAAAAUGUUUAGGGAGAAACAUCAAGAUUAAGAUAAAUUGAAAUUGAAGAAAUAAUUUAUUUCAUUAUCUAAAAUAGAAAAACCAUUUGAUACUGAUAUUUCUAAAAUUAUCCAUUUUUUAUCCUAGAUUUUAUCUUUGGAUUAAUAGAAAAGAUCUAUAUUUUCAUUACUUAUAUGUCAUCCUGAGAAUCCUCUUAAAGUGGAGAAUCCGUUUUUCUAAGAACCAAUAGAUGUAGAAUAACAUUAUGUAGGAUUUGGGAAAUUAGAUGGAAUGAAAAUUGUACCUGAAGGUUAUGGAUAAGCUAAAUUUGGAAAUGAAUAUCAUUAUGGAAUGUUUUAAAAUGGAAAUUUGACAGAUGAUGGUACUAUUGAGAUUAAAUAAAAUAAUAACAUCAUUUAUAAAUUUUAGAAUUUAGUUGUUGUUUAAAAGUAUCAGAAAGCUAUAGCUGAGUUAAAUAAAUAUAUUUUUUGGGGAGAAUUCGAUGAUAAAUAAUUUAAACCUAAUGGAGAAGGUCUUUUACUUAAUGUAUUAACAUAUUAAAAACAUUUACCUAAAAAAAAAUAGUAAGUUUAUUUUUAAGGAACUCUAAAAAUGGGAAAUAAAUUAGAGGGUUAAGAAUUCUAUAAAAAUAAAAUAGAAUUUGAAGGAGAAUUUAAAAAUAAUUAACCAGUAGAAGGUAAAUUUACUUAUGGUCCAAAACAUGUGUUUUAAGGAAUUAUAUAAGAUUAUAAAAGAAUCAAAGGAAUUUUGAUUUACAAAAAUUAAUAAUUUGAAGGUGAUUUUGAAAACGAUAGAAUUAAAAAGGGGAGGAUAAUAUAUUCUGAUGGUAGUGAAUACGAGGGCGAUUUUGAAAAUGGAUUGAAAUGUAUUAAAUUUAAAUAGGUUAGCUUGUUAGGAAGGUAGAUUAACAUUUGCAAAUUAUAAGAUAGUAUAUACAGGAGCAUUUAAAUAAAAUAGAAUGCAUGGGAAGGGAAAAUUAACAAUAUUAGAAACAAAGGAAGAUUUAGAAGUGGAAUAUAAUUAAGGAAAGUGUCUAACAGAACUUCCAGAUGCUUUUAAAUAAGCUAUGGAGAAGAAUAGUGGAUAAGAGGUGAAAAAAAAGGAGGACCAAAAAUAAUAGGAUAAGAAGGAAAAUAAUGAUGGUUAAAUAGAAGAAGAUAUAUAGGAAGGAUUUGGAGAUGAAGGAAAUGAUUAUAAUGAAGAAGAAGGUUGA